CGGUGGCCACGGCCUCUUCGUUGUUCUAACCUGGGGGUUUGUGGGACCAGGGGGGUUGGCGACUGGGAGAAGAGUUUGGCCAGAGCCUUCCUUCUGCAUUUCACACACAUUCUGCUCUCACUCGCGCUCUCUCUCUCUUACACACACGCACACGCAGACACAGACACACACACACACACAGACACACACACACACGCCCGCUCCGGCCCCUCUCCGUGUGUCUUCCUUCAAGAUGACAGGGCGCUGGAGAAGAGGCUGCUGGAAUCAGCUGGUGAAAGCCCAGCCUCUGCGGUUCUUAAUGCCUCAGCAGGAUUAUUUUCACUAAAGAUGGAAACACUGGAGUCUGAAUUGACCUGUCCAAUCUGCCUCGAGUUGUUUGAAGACCCCCUCCUGCUCCCUUGUGCUCACAGCCUCUGCUUCAGCUGCGCCCAUCGCAUCUUGGUCUCGAGCUGCAGCUCUGGUGAAUCCAUUGAACCCAUUACCGCUUUCCAGUGUCCUACGUGCAGGUAUGUCAUCUCGCUGAACCACCGAGGCCUGGACGGCCUCAAGAGGAAUGUGACUCUGCAGAACAUUAUUGACCGCUUCCAGAAGGCUUCUGUCAGUGGACCCAAUUCCCCAAGUGAGAGCCGCCGGGAGAGGACUUACAGGCCCAGCAGCGCCAUGUCCAGUGAGCGAAUUGCUUGCCAGUUCUGUGAGCAGGACCCGCCAAGGGAUGCAGUGAAAACGUGCAUCACCUGCGAGGUCUCCUACUGUGAUCGUUGCCUGCGGGCCACGCACCCCAACAAGAAACCUUUCACCAGCCACCGCCUGGUGGAACCCGUGCCAGACACACAUCUCCGAGGGAUCACCUGCCUGGACCAUGAGAAUGAGAAAGUGAACAUGUAUUGUGUAUCUGAUGACCAAUUGAUCUGUGCCUUAUGCAAACUGGUGGGGCGUCAUCGAGACCAUCAGGUCGCGUCCCUGAAUGACCGGUUUGAGAAGCUCAAGCAAACUCUGGAGAUGAACCUCACCAACCUGGUCAAACGCAACAGUGAACUAGAGAAUCAAAUGGCCAAACUGAUACAGAUCUGCCAACAGGUUGAGGUGAAUACUGCUAUGCAUGAGGCCAAACUUAUGGAAGAAUGUGACGAAUUGGUAGAGAUCAUCCAGCAGAGGAAGCAAAUGAUUGCUGUCAAAAUCAAAGAGACGAAGGUUAUGAAACUAAGAAAGUUGGCACAGCAGGUUGCUAAUUGCCGCCAGUGUCUUGAACGGUCAACAGUCCUCAUCAACCAAGCCGAGCACAUCCUGAAAGAAAAUGACCAGGCACGUUUCCUCCAGUCUGCAAAAAAUAUUGCUGAGAGGGUCGCUAUGGCAACUGCAUCUUCUCAAGUUCUGAUUCCAGACAUCAAUUUUAAUGAUGCCUUUGAAAACUUUGCUUUAGAUUUUUCCAGAGAAAAGAAACUGCUGGAGGGGCUAGAUUAUUUAACAGCCCCAAACCCACCAUCUAUCCGAGAGGAACUCUGUACUGCCUCCCAUGACACCAUUACAGUCCACUGGAUCUCGGAUGAUGAGUUCAGCAUCAGCUCCUAUGAGCUUCAGUACACCAUAUUCACUGGCCAGGCUAACUUCAUCAGUAAGUCAUGGUGUAGUUGGGGCCUGUGGCCAGAGAUAAGGAAAUGUAAGGAAGCAGUAAGCUGCUCAAGAUUGGCCGGGGCGCCACGAGGCCUGUACAACUCCGUGGAUAGCUGGAUGAUUGUACCCAACAUCAAACAGAACCAUUACACAGUUCACGGGCUGCAGAGCGGGACACGCUACAUCUUCAUUGUUAAAGCCAUAAACCAAGCGGGCAGCCGGAACAGUGAACCUACCCGACUCAAAACAAACAGCCAACCCUUUAAACUGGAUCCCAAAAUGACCCACAAGAAGUUGAAGAUCUCCAAUGAUGGAUUGCAGAUGGAGAAAGAUGAAAGCUCUCUGAAGAAGAGCCACACCCCAGAGAGGUUUAGUGGCACAGGGUGCUAUGGGGCAGCAGGAAAUAUAUUCAUUGACAGUGGCUGCCACUACUGGGAGGUGGUCAUGGGUUCCUCCACAUGGUAUGCAAUUGGCAUUGCCUACAAAUCAGCUCCCAAGAAUGAAUGGAUUGGCAAGAACGCCUCCUCGUGGGUGUUCUCCCGAUGCAAUAGUAACUUCGUCGUGAGACAUAACAAUAAGGAAAUGCUGGUGGACGUGCACCCGCAGUUGAAGCGUCUGGGUGUCCUUCUGGAUUAUGACAACAACAUGCUGUCUUUCUAUGACCCAGCUAACUCUCUCCAUCUUCAUACUUUCGAUGUGACCUUCAUUCUUCCAGUUUGUCCAACAUUCACAAUCUGGAACAAGUCCCUAAUGAUCCUGUCUGGCUUGCCUGCCCCAGAUUUUAUUGAUUACCCCGAGCGGCAGGAAUGCAACUGCAGGCCUCAAGAAUCCCCUUAUGUUUCUGGGAUGAAAGCUUGCCAUUAAGUUUCAAGAGAGCAUAUAAUUCACUGGCUCUCCAGUUCAGCAGUUCUUCCCCUCCUAAACCUCAGUUAGUGUCAAAUAAUAUACCGGAGACAAAAAUAAAGUUCAUUUGAAGCCUCCAAAAUAA